AUGUCGAUUUUAACAUGGUUCAGAAAACAGUUCCUCUUGUUGCUGAUGAGUAGGUUUUCAAUACCGAGGGAUGUGUUUCGAUUUGCAUACAAACGAUAUGCCAACGAUAAGUAUGCUCUCAUUUCUCCUUCGAUAAAACCACUCACCUAUUCGGAACUGAAGGAAAGAAUGUUGACCUUAUUGACAGUUCUCACAAAUAAAGCAUCAUUGAGAAAGGGUGAUUAUCUAUUUACCUUGCUGCCAGAAGGUUCAGAGUACAUCCUGGCCAUGUUAGCAUGCUUUGAGAGUGGAAUUAUUCUAGUGAAUAUUCCUAGAAAUGCAGGCAAGGAAUUACUCUUGCAUGUGAUGGAUAAGGUUGAAAUUAGAGAGGACAGGAAUUAUUGUUUCCUAUAUGAUAGACGUGCUGGUGAAGAAUCUUCUCAACUACUCAAAGAAAUAGUUCCACAGAUUAGUUUGUUAUCAUUUGAUGUUAUUGAUGAAGAGUUUAACAAUAUUGUUACAAAUUCCAAAAAAUCAAAAUCUGACUUUUAUCAAUAUUCAUCCAAUGUGAUCAAUCCUGAUGAUUGGUACAGUUUGGGCUUUACUAGUGGUACUACUUCAGUUCCUAAAUGUCUUAGUGCUAAUCAUGGUCUAUUCAUCCUCAGUCUUACACUUACUAUUAGAAAUGUAGAGCUUGGACCAGUGAGUUUUUCCUCUCCUCCAAUUGACAAGUCAAAAUUAGAUCCAAGCAUUGAUCCUGAGAAAAUUAAUGAAGUUUCUCUUGUUGGUAUUCCUACUAAUGGUGCUGGAAGUGGCAUGGUUAUCCCUACUCUGAUAUCGGGAGGAGCUCUCCUUAUUCCAUCUGAAUUUACAGCUGAAGAAUUUUUAAAGUUGAUUCCCAAGUACAAAGUUACUAGACUAUUCACAACUCCUAGCUUGUUGAUAGAUUUGUUGGAUUCACCAAAUAUUGACAAGGUCGAUCUUUCUUCCCUCACCAAUAUUAUUUAUGGAACUGAAUUAAUGCCGGUAGGAAAAUUAGAAGAGGCCCUUGCUCGUUUUGGUCCAAUUCUUCAACAAGGAUAUGGCUCUGCUGAAGUUCUUCCACCAGUUUCCAUGCUUUCCACAACAAAUCACCUUUUAGAGAGCAAUACUAUAGACGAGAAUGGAAAAUACAGAUGGGCUCCUCGCUCAGUGUUGAGUUCUGUUGGUAUUGUUGUUCCUCAGGUUCAAGUUGUUAUUGCUGAUGAUGAUGAUAAGGUUUUGGAGUGGACAGACAAGAGCAAACCUCCUCCAAUAGGUAACAUUCUCGUCAAGAGUCCUACACAAUUCAAGGGAUACAUUAAGAAUCAGGAAAUGACGGAAAAGACACUCAAAGGAGGAUGGCUUCACAUUGGAGAUGUUGGCUACUUGAGAGAGGGUCGAUUGUACGUCUUGGGAAGAAGGGCUGAUGUUAUUGAGAGAAGGAUUAAUAGUUCUGCAUCUUCAAUCUCUACAAAUAACAAUCAUGAUGAUAAUGAUGAUACUACCAAGACAACAUCUUCCACUACUCAUACUACCUACCCAAGACUUGUCGAGGAAAUUAUUCAUGAUCAUCCAGCCAUCAAGGAAACAGCCUACGUUCAAGUGAGUGAAGAGAAGGCUGUUAUGGCCAUAUCGUUGCGUCAUGGAAGAAAGGCUGAUAUUGUUAAUGAUGAGGAAAAGAAGAAGGCCCUAUGUGAAGAAUUAAUGUUAUUCCUCACAGAGAAGAAGGUCCCACAGGAAGAUUUACCAAAUUCUAUUCACAUAUUUGAUGGUGAUUUACCUCGCUCUCAAUUAGCUAAAGUACUCAAGAGAGAAGUUAGGGUUUACCUACAACAAUCAUCCUCAGUAACAAAAUAA